AUGUUCCUUCUAUUAGCCGGAGCGAUCCUUCUCGGCCUCCUCGCCUACUACAUCUGGUGGGCGAACGAUCGAAGAUCCUACUGGGAUCGCAAAAACAUCCCCAAUAUCCCCUCUAAACUCUUCUUCGGCCACAUCUGGACCACCAGCAACCCGAAAACUGCCUGGACUACAAAGCUGCCUAUUUACACAAAGAAAUUCGGCAAGUUCUGGGGCUACCAGGAUGGCGUCAAGAACAUUUUGGUAACUGCCGACCUCAAGACGGCCAAGGAGGUGUUGGUCACCAGAUUCGACGACUUUCAGCAACGAAAGGCAUUCCCUGUGAUCCAGCCGAGCGGGGAUGACCCGAGGGCGCACUUGGCGCAGGCGUGGGGCGCUAGGUGGAAGCGGAUGCGCUCGCUGGUUUCUCCGCAGUUUUCUAACAACAAUUUGAAGCGGGUCUUCCCUCCGCUUGCCGAUUCCGCAAAGCACCUCCUCUUGCAUAUGGAAAAGAAGAAUGGGGAAGAUAUUGAUAUUCACAAGUACUACCAGGAAUACACAAUGGACUGCAUCGCCCGCAUCGCCAUGGGCCAAAGGAGUCGACGCAAUGGGCCGGGAAUUACA